GGUGGCGGCCUCUCUAGCUCAGACAUGGCGGGCCCAGCGGACGACGUGAUAGCUCAGAUCAACGAGUCUCUGAAAGACGCCCUCAAAAAUGAAACCACCAAGUUCAAGCCGACCCCCGCUGGUCAGGCAGUCGCCUACACCAGCAUCAUGCUUAUGGCUUUCUUCCCCAUCGUUCUGGGUGCCUUCAAAUCCGUCACACACCAACGGAAACAAAAGGAGUCCGGCGAAAAGCCCGAAACCAUGACGAGGAAAGAUGCCGCCAUGUUUCCAGUCAUAGCCAGCGGAGCGCUGUUUGGGUUGUACAUAUUCUUCAAGCUCUUCUCAAAAGAGUACAUCAACCUCCUCCUCACCGGGUACUUCUUUCUACUCGGAGUAUUAGCCAUGGCUCACAUACUGAGCCCCGCGUUCAGCCGUGUCUUGCGAAAAUUGCUGCCCAGCCACUUUUAUCGCUGGGAGUAUAGGAUCUCCUUCCAGCGAUGGUCUACCACGCAGACCGAUGAGUGCGAAGAGUACUUUGAUUACCGCUUCAGCUAUGAUGAUGUAGCCUGCUGGAUCUUCUGCUGUCUCUUCGGAGUCUGGUAUCUUUGGAAAAAGCACUGGGUGGCCAACAACCUGUUUGGGCUUGCCUUUGCUGUUAAUGGCGUCGAGCUGCUGCACAUAAACACGGUGGCAACGGGUUGCAUCCUGCUCGGUGGCCUCUUCGUCUACGACAUCUUCUGGGUCUUUGGCACGGACGUCAUGGUGACCGUUGCCAAGUCUUUCGAAGCACCCAUAAAAUUGGUUUUCCCCCAAGAUUUCCUUGAGAGCGGCUUUGCGGGCAAGCACUUUGCCAUGCUCGGCCUGGGAGACAUCGUCAUUCCUGGCAUCUUCAUCGCCCUCCUGCUGCGUUUCGACUCCAGCCUAAACAGGCAAAGGAAUCUCUACUUCGUGAGCAGCUUUGUUGCCUACGUGCUCGGUCUGGCGCUAACCAUCUUCAUCAUGGUCUAUUUCAACCAUGCACAGCCGGCACUCCUGUACCUGGUACCAGCGUGCACCGGCGUACCACUCACCGUUGCAGCCAUCAUGGGCGACAUUACGGCCAUGUUCAAGUACGAAGACCACCCAGUGGAUGAAAAGGCAUCGGGCACUGACGAGCAGCUCGAGCGAGAAGCGGACGGCGACAGUGACCAGAAAACACCCAAAGCGUCGCCAGCGUCUGCGAAAAAGAAUUCUAGGAAAGAAAAGUGAAGCGCUUCGUCAGAAUCGGGACGAUGCCGCUGCGGAGGGACAAUUCGGGGGCCGUAUUUCAAAACUUAGGACGCUGUUUUCGAUGUUCUGAGCGUUGCAGAAAGUGCGGACAUCGCAAGACGUUGUGACAUUUGAAACUAUGAAGGAAAGGAAACUGAUAUGAAAGUUUCUCCGAGCAUUUGCGCAGGAAAAUAUUUGACCGAUUCAGUUCGUGUAACGUGAUUUGCUUCCAGGCAAACAAUGGAGCGUGCUGCAAUGCUGACGUGAUGCCAUGUGCGGCUAAGGGUCCCAGCUCGUGGCAGUUUUGCUGAUUCGUUGGUUGUAAAACCAACUUAUUGUGAUGCCGAAACGGUCCUUAUGAAGGGUUUCGUUUCAGUUAAAAAAGUCUUAAGCGUUUAUUGAGAUAAUUUGGAAAGCUGUGCAACAGCCUUUGCCUUUGUUGUAAUAUUAUAUACCUUCUUUUUAAAAUAAUUCUGAAAGAGCUCUACAUUUUUGUAAGGCCCGGUGUCCUGACAACUGUUCAUGUGUUUCAUUGUUUACUGUUACAUCGACAUAGCAUCUGAGCAACUCAAAAACCGAGCCAUAUUCCGGGUUGAGAGACAAGUUGGGAAACCUAAACAUUGCAGAAGACGCAUUUGGCUCAUAGUGUAAUUUAUUAUGACAUUAGGGCUGUGUGAAAAUUGCAUGAUCAGUUUGGUUUGUUUAAGAACCUAUAGAACGUUCAUUUCAUAGACAUUUGUGAUCCAUCAAAAUGCAAGGUUUUUUUUUUUUUUUCAAUUUUAGUUUUCAUUGGUAGUCCUAGCUGUCAAUAGACAGCUUGAAUGUCAAAUUCUUUCCUUGCAGAGCAGAAUAUUUUUGUACUUCAGUCGAGAGUCCAAAUGAAAGUAGAGGUUAAAAUAAUUCACGAGCAUUGUAGUCUUAUCACUUGCUUUUGUAAUAAAAAAAAGAGGGGGUGAUGGUACCACUUGUCUUGUUUGGUUGUGCUCUUUCCAGCCAAAGAGAAUAAAAAGAUGUUUUCACACCUGU